CCAUCAACAACUACAAAACCCAUCCCCAACAAUUUCUCUUCUCUGUACAUAUAUCUUCAAAAAUGCCCUUCGCAACCAUCAACUCCAAGAAACUCUUCUACACGGACUUCGGUCCCACUUCCACAUCCCCAUCAACAACCCUCUUCCUGCACGGUCUCGGCUCCUCCUCCUGCUUCUACGCGACCAUCAUCCCAAGCCUCCAAGAAACAACCCGCUGCAUCGCUAUCGAUUAUCCCGGCUCCGGACUCUCAGAAUUAGGUGAUGAGGAACUCAGUCUCGAUUCACUAGCACGCGAUGUCAUAGAUCUCCUAAAAGGACUUGAAAUCCAAGAAAACAUCAACCUCGUAGGCCACAGCAUGGGCGGUCUCCUCGCUUCCCAUCUGGCCUCCACGAACCCAUCCCUCUUCUCCGCCAUCGCGCUCCUCGGCCCCGUAGACCCAGCUCCUACCCUCGCCUCCGUAUUCGAAAAAAGAAUCGAAACAAUCCGCUCCUCCGGCAGUCUCGAGGUCCUCGCGGACUCCAUCCCCUCCGCAGCCACCGGCUCGAAAUCCAGUUCUCUCCACCACGCAUUCAUCAGGAGUCUAAUCCUAGGCACGAGUCAAGAGGGCUAUGUGGCGCUUUGUAACCUAAUCGCCAGCGCUGACAGACCGGAGUAUGGCGAGAUUAAGAUCCCGCUGUUGAUGCUGGUCGGAGAGGAUGAUAAGACGAGCCCGUUAGCGGGGUGCGAGGCGAUCUUGAGGGCGUAUGGGACGGGAGGAGCAGAGGAGGGGGAGAUGGGGGGCAGGGAGGAUAAGAGGUUGGUUGUUUUGAAGGGGGUGGGGCAUUGGCAUUGUGUUGAAGAUGGGGAGGGGGUGAUGAGGCAUUUGAAGGGGUUUUUGGAGAGUGUUUCGUGA